AUGUACCUCAUGACCAUUGGGUUAACCAUGGCAUUUGAAGAUGAGGCCUUCUACUUUUCGGAGCAAGAGUGGGAAAUGCUGGAGAAGUGGCAGAAGGAGCUGUAUCAGCAAGAAAUGAAGACCAAUUAUGAGACCCUUGAUUCCCUGGGCUAUGUUUUUUCCAAGCCAGAUUUGAUUACCUGGAUGGAACAAGGAAGAAUGCUGUUAAUCAGAGACCAAGGACACUUAGAGAAACCACGAAUGACAUUUAGCCCUUCAACUGAGCAGUUGGACUUGAAUGUCAAGUUGCCAUGUGUUGAAGCCUUUGCAGAGAGGCGGGUUCGAGAAGAGCUGCUGUCUCCAGGGCAGCCUGCUCCCUCCCUCGGGGGCUCACACGCAGCAGAGGCCCUUGCGGUGCCCCGAGUGUGGGGGUACGCCGUUUUCCUGCGAGGCGUGUGCCAAGGGUUUCACCCAGCAGUGCAAGCUGGCCGAGCACCUCGGAAUGCAAACGGAGAAUCCCUUCCUGGGCUCGCAGUGCGGUCAGAGAGCUUUGCCGGGAAGGCGGCGGCCAAGGCCCAACGGCGGGCCCAUAGUGGCAAGAAGCCCUUUGCCCGUGAGCACUGCGAUAGGAAGUUCACCCACAGGGCCAAGCUCACCGAACAUGCCAGAGCUCACGCUGGGAAGACGCUCCAGUGCCCUGAGUGUCAGAGGAGCUUCCGCCUCCAGAGCAACCUGCAGGCCCAUCUCUUUCAACGCAGCGGGCAGAAGCCCUUCCGCUGCCCAGACUGCGGCCGGCACUUCUCCCGGAGGAACGCCCUGAGGGCGCACGAGCGGCUGCACGGCCGAGAGAGGCCCUUCUCCAGCGGGCGGUGUGGCCGAGGCUUCAGGCGGCACUCAAGGCUGGGGUGCCACGGCCGGGUCCACGCCCGGCAGAGCGAGUUCGCCUGCGAGCGGUGCGCCAGGACCUUCCCCCGACGGUCAAGGCUGACCCAGCACCUCAAGGUCCAUGCCAGGGAGAAGCCCUUGCCCUGCACCCAGUGUGGCCGGAGCUUCAGCCGCCGCGCGCACCUCGCUGGGCACAGGAGGCAGCACCUGGCCGAGCCCCUCCGCUGCCGCGAGUGCGACAAGAGCUUCUUCUGGAAGGCCUCCCUGAAGCUCCACCAGCGGCUGCACCGGGGUGAGAAGCCUUUCGCGUGCGGGGAGUGAGGCAAGGCCUACCCUCAGCCAUCCCAGCUCACAGAGCACCGGAGGAUCCACAGUGGGGAGAAACCCUUCCAGUGCCCCGAGUGUGGCCGGAGUUUCCGUCUCAAAGGAACCAUAAAAAGUCACCUGCUCCAUCACAGCGGCCACAAGCCUUUCUCCUGUGCAAAGUGCGGGAAAAGUUUCACCCAGCAGUACAGGCUCACGGAGCACAUCCGCGUUCAUAGUGGCGAGAAGCCCUUCCAGUGCCCGCAGUGUGACAAGAGCUGCUGCAUCAGGGAAAGUCUGAAGGUGCACCUGCAUAUGCAUAGUGGGGAGAAGCCCUUCAGGUGUCCCAAGUGUGGCAAGAGCUUUCUCCAGAAGAGAAGUCUGAAGACUCAUCUGCACCAUUACCGAGAGGAGAGGCCCUUUGCUUGUACCAAGUGUGGAAGGAGCUUCACCUACAUGGGGGCACUCAGCACCCACCUCGCAGCACAUGCCAAGGAGCAGCCCUUUAGGCCCUAGGUCACACCUCACAGAAAGCAGUGCCAUCCUUGAGGUGGAGCCAGCAGCCCUGACAGAGGCAGAGUGAAGAAAUCAUCCAACAGGCUUCACAUGCACUGGCCAGGUAGCAGGUAGGCUGCAUCAGUUUCUUGACAAGAAGUUCCAGAUAGUUCAGGCAUAAGGUAAAGAGACACCUCCCCUCUAAUGCUCAUGGGCAAGUCUUGCCAGUCACAGGGGAAACA